AUGCGAAGUGAAGUGCGCCGCCGCGCCGCCGCUCGCCGCGUCCCGGCUGUGUCGCCCCCCGCGCCCGCGCCUCAGCCGCCGCCGUCGUCCGCCGACAUGAUCACGCGGUUGAUGCGUGAACAGUCUCCUCUUGCUGUGAAGCAGUUAUGCGCGCGAAGACGGAGGCGGAGCGCAAUGGCCGGAGACAGUUCUGUCGAUGAAUCCCAGCUUAAGGGCUUGGCCAAAUACUUCAACAGUCAAACAAACAAGGGCAGAGCUAACACCGCCAAGGCCACUUACGCAUUCAUGGGUGCUAUGAUCCUAUACUUCACCCUUAAACCCAAGUCGAAGAAGUAA